GACUACGGAGUACUCGUACCAUCCAACUAUUCCUGCUUCUCUGCGCAGUCUUUCAUCAUAUCUUCCUUCGUCCAAGACACAUCCUCUGCUUCUCCUGUACAGAUACAGGACACCCUUUGAUCUGAUCUGUUCGUCCUCGUAAGCGUACACAGGGCUAUCCUCCUACAUUUCCUUCUAAACAAACGCCUAACGUCUUGUCUGUUGAAACACCACUCCGAUACCAUCGCUCGUCUCCUGAGAAACAUCGUUGUAUGCAGUCGCCACCCGAGUUAUACAAUUGUUGCAUUGCCUCGAACCCAUGGCGGUCCUAGCAUAACACGACCCCCUUCACGACAGCUGCCUCUGCGGCCCUCCUCUGCUACUCUUCCGCAGCCAUGGAAACCAUUCCUCCUCAGGUAUGGGAAGUCGCCCAUGCACUCGUUGCCCGCAACGAGACCAACUCGACUUCCUCCGCGACCACCGAGACUCGACCAGGGAGUUACAAAGCCAUUGGGCUCAGUCUGGCCAUCGCGUCAGGCCUCUUCAUUGGUACAUCUUUUGUGUUGAAGAAGGUUGGACUGCUCAAGUCAACCCAGAAAUACAAUGAGGAGGCGGGUGAGGGCUACGGCUAUCUCAAGAACUGGUACUGGUGGACGGGCAUGACCCUCAUGAUCAUCGGCGAAAUCGCAAACUUUGGAGCCUACUGUUUUGUCGAUGCAAUUCUCGUGGCCCCGAUGGGCGCUCUGAGUGUCGUUGUCACCACAAUCCUUUCGGCCAUCUUUCUAAAAGAGCGCCUGAGUUUUGUCGGCAAGGUUGGCUGCUUCAACUGCAUAAUUGGCAGCAUCGUCAUUGCACUGAAUGCUCCCGAGCAAAGCGCGGUUGCCGACAUUCAAGAGAUGCAGCAUUUUGUCAUCGCUCCCGGAUUCUUGAGCUUCGCUGGUGUCAUCAUUGCAGGCUGCGUGUUUGUGGCGUUGUGGGUAGCGCCUCGCUACGGCAAGAAGAGUAUGCUGGUGUAUCUGAGCAUUUGCAGCUUGAUUGGAGGCCUCAGUGUCGUCGCAACUCAAGGAUUAGGGAGUGCAAUCGUCGCACAAGCCAAUGGCGAACCUCAGUUCAACAAAUGGUUUCUCUAUGUUCUUUUGGUCUUCGUCAUUGCGACAUUGCUGACUGAAAUCAUUUAUCUGAAUAAAGCCCUGGACAUUUUUCAAGCCGCACUGGUCACACCGACGUACUAUGUAUUCUUCACGAGUGCCACCAUCAUCACAUCUGCCGUUCUGUUUCGAGGGUUCAAAGGGACAGUUGUUACAAUCAUGACUGUCGUUUUCGGAUUCUUUCAAAUAUGCUCUGGCGUCAUCCUCCUCCAAAUGUCGAAGUCUGCAAAGGAUGUUCCGGAUGCAGCUGUGUUCAAGGGAGAUCUCGAUCAAGUGCGCGAAAUCGCCGAGGUCGAGCAGCCAGAAACCGAACCAAAAGCCGAUGCCAUUCGUGGUACAGCAGCCCUCAUUAGGAGAAUGUCCACGACGCGACGGAAAUGGGAACAGGAAGAGGCAAAACGAUUGCACGAUGAGAAGAUGCAAGAUCAGCUAGAGCCGGUCCGUGAAAAUGAGAUCGUGGAAUGGGAUGGCCUUCGACGAAGGAAAACGGUCAUUGGCGAGCCUGGCUCAUCACCAGCGCCUCGCAGGAAGACUACACAUCCGCCACUGGGCAUGUCACAUUUCCCUGAGCCCGAUGACGAGGACAACCAGGGCCAUGGCCCUAACUUUUUCGAAAACCUGCGUAACCGCGCGCAGACAUUCAUUCACUCUCCAACACCUCCUCCUCACCCCAAGACCAUGCCUGCUGGCGGUCUUAACAGCCCGCUCUAUCCCGUGGCAUUGACAGAUAUCAAAUUCCAGCCCUCACAAAUUGAUUCUCCUAUCCGGCCGUACGGCCCUGGUAGCCUCGAAGAUGCACAGGAGCGUAUCUACGGACUCGCACCUGGGGAACGCAAAUUUCAAGACACCAAAGCAGGAAUCAUCCAGCCUUCUCCACGAUCGAAACCUCUCCCAGCCAACCCGGUUCCUUCGCCAUCGCUAAGACCUCCUCAAGAAGCCAGACGGCAAUUCUCCUUCACCAACUUUCUCCGACCCGGCUCCCGGACACCGACCACCGAUCAAGCGAUUCCACGGCCUCCCAUGCAACGCCGCACGAGUAGCGCGAGUCACGGGCAAAAGCGAGCCAUGAAGAGUGGAACAGAGGAGGAAAGAUUAGGUCUUGUCAAGGGUGAUUCUCACAUUGCUUUACUUCAACCUCAAAUGUCCCACUCUCCCGAACGCCAGCCCAUUUCUCGCCCUCACUCCCAAACCAGCUCCAUCAGUAGUGUUGAUGAUCACUAUCGUUAUCAAUACCCUUCUCCUUCUGAAAGUUCUCAGUCGUAUUCUGACGACGAUGACGGGUGGCAGAUGAUGAACUCGACGACUCAACCGCGGAGCCACAUACCAGCAAUAAAUCUGCCGAAUGCGGUUCCAGUACUCCAAAGCCCCAGCACUCGAAAGAGACCAAGUCCACCCAGGAGUUAUCAGCAACAAUCAGCCACGAUGAAUAUGCCGACCAGCCCGUCACUUCCCGAUACCAUGGCGGGCGGAGGGCGGAUACAGGCGAGAGUGGCGCCAGCAGCGUCAGACCGUUUCCCGAUUUCACCGACGAGCCAGCAGCGGGCGACUCAGAGUCCACCCCCUGGGUAUCAGGAGAGAGAUUUCGCACCUCACCCAGCUCAAGCUUCAGAGGACCUGAGAAGAGAUGAAGGUCCGAUGGGAGCCAAUGCGAGGGGAAGAAAGCCAGCCAACGGCGGCGACGAGCACGACUCUGGUAGGAAUAGGUUUGAGGAACAAAGUAGACGAGAGCGAGAGGAAAGGAGAUUAAGAGCUACCGGCCGUCGUCAAAGCUGGAAGCCAACUACGCCCGAAUGAGAUGAGGCUGUUUGAUGGCAUUGGAGCCCAUCGAUGUUUGUACACUUGGACAUAGCUUUGUUAGCGCGUUAACGACAUAGGGAUACCCACGACUGUACGGAUUAACGCAAGAAAAUGAAUGAUUGAUUUAAUGUACUCACGUAGCU